GCAGAGAGGGGUGGAGGACACUGAGUGGAGGCCAGUAGAGGGAUUGGCAGAGAGGGAUGGAGGACACUGAAUGGAGGCCAGUGGAGGGAUUGGCAGAGAGGGGUGGAGGACACUGAGUGGAGGCCAGUAGAGGGAUUGGCAGAGAGGGAUGGAGGACACUGAAUGGAGGCCAGUGGAGGGAUUGGCAGAGAGGGGUGGAGGACACUGAAUGGAGGCCAGUGAAGGGAUUGGCAGAGAGGGGUGGAGGAUACUGAGUGGAGGCCAGUGGAGGGAUUGGCAGAGAGGGGUGGAGGACACUGAAUGGAGGCCAGUGGAGGGAUUGGCAGAGAGGGAUGGCAGAUACAGAACGGUCGCCAAUGAGGAGGGAGUUACAAUAGUCAAGGCGAGAGAUAACCAGAGGUUAGGAACGGGUGUAUCUUGG